UGAUUAUUCUCAAUUCAAUGAACAAAAACAUGACGUCCGAUCUCGGUUCUGAUGCAAAUUUACAUUAUUCUUAUUCUUCCAGACCAAAAACAACAAAACAUGGGGAUUUACGUGAACGCCCCUGUUGUCCAACGUUACAAAUUGUACCCGACCGUGAUACCGAUUCCGCCAGUUUCGAUGGGUGAUUCUACACCACCGACCCCAUCGGUGGCCCCACUUCAGAGCCCUAUGGCUAAUCUAAUGUCGAUCACCGAGACCCUACCGCCUGGUAGCCCACGCAACGGCCCCAGCCCUCCGGGACCACCACCACCACGAACGGCUUCCCGAGGCUCUCAGCAUUCGCCAAACAGUUCCGGUUCGUCCAGUGGUCGACGGUCGUCCGGUUCGCGGCACGUGUCCAGCACAACCGUCACAUCCACCGAAGCCCAACAGUCUAACUCGGGCGGAGCUACCACUCCGAACGGAAGCGGUCCCAACGGAAAUGCCGGAACCCCACCUGUAACGCUAGGUCCCCUCGGAGCGCCUUCCAUCGCGCAAGGUCAGCCACAACAGCAACAGCCACAGCCCGGUUCGCAACCGCCACCAGAUGGCGUUGCCGGACCAGCCGGAGCGCCCGGUCCCGGUGGACCUGGUGGCCCCGUUGGACCAGGACCAGCCGGACCCGGAGCGCCGCCAGGAAUCAACGGACCUACGCCGAAUAGCGCGCCCGGUGGACCUGCCCCUGCUCCCGCACCGAAUCCCACGCUCAAGUGUACCCUCUGCCAGGAACGGUUGGAAGACACCCACUUCGUGCAGUGUCCCUCGGUCGGGCACCACAAGUUCUGCUUCCCCUGUAGCCGCGAGAGCAUCAAGCGACAGGGCUCUGGCGCCGAGGUGUACUGCCCGAGUGGCGAGAAGUGCCCGCUGGCCAACUCGACGAUACCGUGGGCCUUCAUGCAGGGCGAAAUUGCCACCAUCCUGGGCGAAGAGCUGAAGGUGAAAAAGGAACGCGAAACGUAGAGCCAUCAGGUGCAUCGGCACGAUGUUGGAAAUUCUACCGUUGCUACUAGCGGUGGCGAGUCGGUGACGUCCUCCUACCGUUAUUUGUACUAUAAUAAUAAUAGCAGCAUCAGCAGCAGCAGCAGCAGUACUAACAACAACAACAACAAUAGUAUCGACCUCUAUCAACAGGGUGCGACUACUGGUGCUCCGCCCCAGCAGCAUGUGUACUAUCGUCAGCAGUUGCAACAACCGUCUGACCAGUUGGUAGUGGCCGCAUCCAGUUAUUCCGCUGCUCAUCAUCAGCCUUCAGCACAAUCCAUUGUUUGGGAGUUUGGCAAUGCCGGGACUCAUCGUGAAUUUGAGUGAGGAUGGAAUUUUAGUGCCCCUGUCGUUUGUGGGGGCAGCAGCGGAGAACGGCUGAGCUUUCGCAACGAAAGCUUGGCCAGUUCUCAACAUUACUGUUUUUUUUUAAUAGGAAUAGGGAGAGAAUCUCUUCAGGAUUUUGGUACGAAACUCUUAGUGAUUCUUGUACGACGAAGAAUUACGACAAGUUUUGUAUGGAUACCGCUUUUUGGGAUACAAGUAAACAAAAAUACAAUUGUUGUACAUAAUCAAAAUAGAAUAAGCUGAAACAAUAGAAACACAAUAGUUUGGAGAGAAAAUUGUGAGAAGAAUUUUCUUUUUUGGUAAUAUCUCGUUAAAAUUCCAUCUCACGUAUGGAGCGGGAUUGAAAAUCACGCAAACUACCUUAUUCAUUUGUAUGUUUCUUUGUUUCUUAAGAAAUGUUGCAUCGAUGGUAAUGCGAUAAGGAUAACUAGUAUCAUAACCGAGAAAGUGAACGUGGAAUAAGAAUUCUUAGUGAGAAUCAAUUACAGCUAGCAGUGAACGUUGAGAGCGCGAAACAAUGUGAAUAAUCGAUUUAAGAGAGAAUACGCAAACAAAUAUACACACAUGCACUUACGUUAGGGACAAGCAGAAAAUGGGGAGUAAAUCCUUUACAAUUGAUAUGUUUGUUUUACGGAAAGAUUUUUUAAUUAGUUAAGAAUUCUAUAUUUUAACGUGCCCGUGGGGACACGCGAGAAUAAUAACCACAAACAAAUCCUUACACAAUAGCCAGAAAAUAAACCGUUGCUAACGUAUAUAUUAACGUAUAGAAGCCAGUUUAUAAGGUGAAUUUCGCGUAGUUAUAGUUCAACAUGAGAAAACAUCUUUUUUUUUUUUUGUAUAAAGAAACUUUGAAACGCAAGAAGUGAAGCAAAUCAAAUAACUCUAUUUUAAGAGUUGACUUAUUUAAUUUUUUUAAUGCUAUUAUCAUUAUUCUUACUUUAAAAACAAAACACAACCAUAUAUUUAUGAUUAUUGGUAUAGUUUUCUUCCUUUUUUAAACGAACUACCUGUACAUAGCCGAGAGGAUCUAGUGUGUAGCGCGAAAGCGAAGAGCGAAAAUGUGGAACAUUAUUUGUUUUUUAAUUUAACAAUUUUAAAUGGAUGAAAAGAAAUGUGAAGAAAACAUGUUAAAGCGAAGAGAAAUGUUCGUAAAUACAGAUGAAAACUAUUGGUCUUACAAA